AUGGCGGUGGUGGGCUUCAUUUGCGAAGGCCACUGUCCACCGAUGCUUCGCGGAAAUGUGGUGACCAGGGGUCCUUACCUUCCUGCCUGGUCAGGGAUGGUGCCACACAUCAUGCUUAGAGACUGGUUUGAUGCAAACGACGCUUCCUCUGUGGUGAACUUCUUCGGGUCAGCAUGGCUUCGCAAAGCUUUCGAAGCCGCGGAUCGAUCCCGGAGGGGGCAGUUUGUUGCACUUUUGUCACGCGCCGCCUAUGCAGAAGUGCUGCGGCCAGGGGUACGGGCGCUUAGAGCUCCAUGGCAAAAAGUCUUCGAAAGCUUCCCAGAGUUGGGGAUCUUCCGUGCUCUUCUGACUCAUGUGAGAAGGCGUCUCUGGGAAGAUGCCCGGGAUCGAAGUCGGAGCAGGAGCCGGGAGCGAAAACCAAAGCCGGAGCCGAAGAACGAGAAGAAGCAGGAGGGCGUUCGAUUUAUCGUCAAAAACGCAGGAAACCUUCCUGCGUCAGAGUUAGAAGAGCACUUCCAGAGCUUUGGCAAAGUCCUUUCCUGCAAUGUGCUCAUUGACAAGCGGACAAAGAAAUCCCGGGGAGUGGCCUUCGUCGCUAUGCUGCCCGAAGGCCUCUACGACGGUCGGCCUAUCACGGAAGAGGGCAUGAAAGACUGGGUGCUGCACGAGACCCACAUCUGUGGGCACAUGAAGCUGGAAGUGACGCUGGCCGAGGUCAAGCAGGAGAAGGAGGAGGACGAAGAUCGAAAGAGAGAGGAGCGUGUGGAAGAAAGGAGGCGCUCGCGGGUCGAGAAGGAGCAGCGCAUGAGCCGAACCCUCGGAGGUGUUGCGACACUCUCGGAGCGUGGGGAGGAAAGAUUGGUCCCUUCUCACUGGCACAAGCGAUGGCGAAACCAGCUCUUCGAGUUCCUUCCACGUGGGCCUUCGGGACCAACUCCUUGGGGCGAUCCUCGCGUGACGGCAAUUUGUGCAGCGAUUUGGACCGAGGUGGCAGAGCAUGCUGCGCGAACCGGUGAUCGGACAGUGCAGGAGGCUCUGAGCCUUUUCCAGGAGCCGGCGAGCGAGACCCCUCGGUGGUCCUUCAUCCCGGCAGCGGAGCUGCUGCUGAUCAUCGGGGAAGGAAUUGUUGGACUCUCUGCCUUGGGCGUCUUUGUCUGGCCGCAGUGGCAGGACCCCGUGCCACCACGUUCGACUCAGGAUAUCAUUGCGCUCGCCAUUCCCUGCUUCGCGCAGCCCUUCGUCGCAGCUGUGGCCGCCGCUGCACCGCCUCAGCCUACACCAGGUAUGCCGAAAGGCUCGUCGGAUCGCGAGAAGAUUUUCAUCGGCGGUCUACCUCACCACUGCACGCUGGACAUGCUGACAGCUCAUUUCGGCAAGUAUGGACGGAUUACCGAUGCUGUCGUCAUGGCGGACAAAGCCACAGGCAAGCCCCGAGGCUUCGGCUUCGUCGUUUUCGAACACAUCUCCUGUGUGGAGGCGGCAAUCCGGGACUACGGGAAGCAUGCCAUCGACGGCAAGUGGGUGGACGUGAAGCGUGCUACGCCGCAGGAUCAAGCCGCACCUCCACCACAGGUCUUCGCCCCUGCUGCAUCCGUUGCCCCGGACGUGCGGAGUGCCUUGCAAUGUCGAGAUGCCUCUCCUGAGAAGCCGGCGAUGACGCCCUUCAACGAGGUGCCCCCGCCGCGGUUCGAUGAUGCCGGCGGACCCAGUCCUCUCCGUGAAGAAAGCUACGACCCCUUCGGCUAG